CUUGUGGUGACCACUCCAGCCAACAUGGCAGCCCCUGCUACGUUGGCCUCUCAGGCAGAAGUCCUCGACAGGAUCUUUACUGGCCUUAAAGACAAAAACCACGAAGUCCGGUUGCAAUCUGCCAUCGAACUACAGCGAUAUGUAUCGGGCACAGUGCCGGACUUGUCGUCAGAUUUGGCAGCCAAAUUAUGGGACGAGACCGUAAGCAGGCUCUCCGAGCUCGUGCACAGUCAGACAAACGUAGAGAAGCUGGGAGGCGUACUGGCUAUUGACCAUCUACUAAACUCUGAAGCUGCUGACGGCAACAUUGAGUCAAAGCGUAACCUGUUCCGCUUCUACAACUAUGUCAAGUACCUCUUGCCCAACCCCGAUAUCAACGUCAUGUUAGCGGCGUCCAAAACCCUUGGUCGAAUUGCUGAAGUUGGUGGCGCAGCGUUUGGAGAGCGCUUCAUGGACUUUGAAGUUCCGGCAGCUAUCGAACUCUUUGAUAAGAGCGAAGCGGGGCGAUACGCAGGUGUGCUCAUUCUCAAGGAACUUGCUCGCAACAGUCCCACAUACUUCCAUCCCCACAUCGACCUCGUCUUCGCACACAUCCUUAUACCUCUUCGGGAUUCCCGGAUCAUCGUCAGAGAAAGCGCAGCAGAGCUCUUGGCAGCAUGUCUGGAGAUCAUCGCGCAGAGGGAACGUCAGACUCGGAGCCCGUUUCUCUUUAAGACACUGCAGGACGCUCAGAAUGGCUUGAAAUCGCCACAGCCAGAGGUUAUUCAUGGAUCUCUGUUAACAUACCGCGAAUUGCUGUUACACGGAGGCAUGUUUAUGAAGAACAACGUUCAGGAUGCUGCAGAACAGAUCAUGAACUUCAGGACGCAUCGCGACCCUCAGGUCCGAAAGAUGGUCAUCACGCUCAUCCCGACGCUCGCUAUGUACGACACGCAAACGUUUACUGAACAUCAUCUGCAUAAGGCCAUGGCGCAUCUGUUGGCACAACUAGAGAAGCCAGCAGAGCGUUCAGUAGCAUUUAUUGCUAUCGGCCAUGUGGCGUCUGCUGUGGGAAGCGAGAUGAAGCCGUUUUUGGACUCUAUCAUGCAUCAUAUUAAGCAAGGGUUGCAGAUGAGAGGGAGGAAAAAUGCGCCGUCCGAAGAGCCUAUCUUCCAAUGCAUCGGCAUGCUCGCCUCUGCCGUAGGACCAAACUUGACGAAGCUGCUGCACGACCAACUGGACCUCAUGUUCGCCUACGGGCUGAGCGAAUCUCUCCGAGAAGCGCUGGUCGCCAUUGCUCGCCAUAUCCCACCAUUGCUGAAGACAAUCCAAGAACGUCUCCUCACUCUCUUGUCGAAUAUCCUGAGCAGCCAGCCAUACAAGCCGCUAGGUGCUCCCCCUGCUCUUCUUCGAGGGGAUUCAGCAUCGCGCGAUAAUAGCAUCCCGGAGGGCGUUCAAGUUUCGAGAACCCCAGAUAUACUAAUCCUUGCUUUGGAUACUCUAGGGACGUUUGACUUCAGCGGACACGCGCUCAGCGAAUUCUUGAACGAAGACGUUCUGCCGUUUGAGGAUGACCAUCCUGGUGUUAGACAGGCUGCGGCCACGACGUGUUGCCGUAUCUUGAGUCGCGAUCCUAUUUGCUACCAGGCCAGCAAUCACUCCAUCGAGAUCGUCAGCGGUGUCAUUGACAAGCUGCUGACUGUUGCGGUCGCCGAUCCAGACCCCAAGAUCCGUCAGGUAGUUCUGUCUUCGCUCUCCGAACGGUUCGACAAACACCUCUCGCAAGCGGAGAAUGUGCGCUCGUUGUUCAUCGCGCUGAACGAUGAGGUUUUCGAAAACAGGCUGACUGCUGUUGGUCUCAUCGGUCGGCUUGCCUUACACAAUCCGGCCUAUGUCAUGCCGUCCCUCAGGAAGAUGCUCAUUCAGCUACUAACAGAACUUGAGUACUCGAAUACUGUCCGCAAUCGCGAGGAGUGCACCCGCAUUCUCGCCCUGCUCAUUAAUGCCACCCAGCGACUGAUCAAGCAGUAUGCGAUACCCAUGCUACGGGUUUUGCUGCCCAAAGCUAACGACCCAAACCCAACCGUAUCCGCGAAUGUGCUCAUGGCCCUCGGCGAGCUAUCUUGCAUUGGUGGCGAAGCGGUGAUGCCUCACGUUCCGGACCUCAUGGGUGUUAUCAUGGCGAGUCUUGUGGAUCCUACCUUGGUGAAGCGGGAUGCUGCGCUCCAUACACUUGGCCAAGUCUGCUCAAGCACGGGAUACGUCAUUCAGCCACUAAUCGAACAUCACCAGUUACUACAGAUAUUGAGUAGGAUUCUCCGGACAGAGCCGACGCAGGCUGUGCGUCGCGAAGUUAUCAAAGUACUCGGUAUUUUGGGUGCAUUGGAUCCCUACAAGCGACGAAGCAAACCGGAAGACGAGGCAGCCGCAGCCGCGAAUGAGCUCGCAGCAACCCAAAUUUCUGUACCCCGCACCAUUCAGAACCCGGACGAUUACUACCAGACGGUCGCGAUUAGUGCCUUGCUCAGUAUCUUAAAGGACCAGUCCCUGAGCUCCCAGCAUCAUAAGGUCAUUGAGGCGAUCAUGUCCAUCUUCAAGACCCAGGGACUGAAGUGCGUGUCCUUCCUUCCUCAAAUUAUUCCAGCUUUCGCUGAGGUCGCGCGAACCUCUGCUGCCCGCGUGCAAGUUUUUCACUUGGAGCAGCUUACUAUCCUUGUCGGCAUCAUCAAGACACAUGUCAGAAAGUACACCAUUGACAUCUUCGAACUGAUCAGCGAACUAUGGGAGAACCAACCCCUGCAGCUGCCGCUUGCUUCGCUGGUUGAGGCUCUGGGCAAAGCGCUCGAUGCCGAAUUCAAACCGUUCCUGCCGAAUGUCUUACCAUUGCUGCUGAAGGUAUUUGAUUUCGACAUGACCGAGAAGGUUUCGAACACGCAGAUGAAGGUCUUUGACGCACUCCUCACAUUCGGUGCAAACAUCGAGGAUUACCUUCAGCUUGUCGUUCCAAUUCUUGUAAAGACUUGCGAGCGGCCGGAUGGACCUUUGCCCCUGCGGAAGAGGGCGAUUCAGACCAUUGAAGGGCUCACUCGCCGCGUGAACUUCUCUGAUCAUGCGUCGCGCAUUAUACACCCUCUGGUCAGGGUCUUGGGUCAGCCUUUCAACGAAUUGCGACAGGCCGCAGUAGAUUGUCUCUGUGCGCUUAUGCUGCAACUGGGGUCGGACUUUGCAGUCUUUGUACCCACCAUCAACAAGACGCUAGCGAAGCACCCCAUGAACCACAUCCGGUACGAAAACCUCGUAACGAAGCUUCUCAACGGCGAGCACCUGCCGCAAGAUGCUGGCGCGCUGGACUUGCUCGAAAGUAACAAGGUUCCGGAGUAUUCGCCUCCCGCUGAAGCAACGAAGAUGGUAGUCAAUCAGCAGCAUCUCAAGCAGGCUUGGGACGUGUCUCAGGUCGCUACUCGAGAGGACUGGAUCGAAUGGAUGCAGCGCCUGUCUGUGGAGUUCAUGCGAGAGUCGCCGUCGCAUGCUUUGCGCGCGUGCAUGAGUUUGGUUGACGUUCACACUCCACUCGCAAAGGAGCUAUUUAACGCCGCCUUCCUUUCAUGUUGGGGAGAAUUGUAUAACCAGUACCAGGAAGAUCUUGUUCGCUCACUAGAGACUGCUAUCACGGACCCUCUUGCACCUCCCGAUUUGGUACACCGCUUGCUCGAUCUCGCUGAGUUCAUGGAGCACGAGGAGAAGGCAUUGCCUAUCAGCAACAGCACUCUCGGAGAGUAUGCCAUGAGGUUCCAUGCCUAUGCAAAGGCACUGCACUACAAGGAGCUCGAGUUCUUUACCGAAACGUCCCCCAGCAUCAUCGAGUCCCUCAUCAGCAUCAACUCGAAGCUGCAGCAGUACGACGCUGCUUGGGGCACACUCCUUAUCGCUCGCGAGCAGUACGACGUCAGCAAGCACGAGGAGUGGUAUGAGCGACUUGGAAGGUGGCAAGAAGCAUUGCAGACCUACGAGCGGAAGGCCUUGGAGGACCCUGAUUCACCAGAGGUCACGCUCGGCAGGAUGAAAUGUCUGCACGCCCUUGGCGAGUGGGAUCAGCUUAUGCAGAGUAUCGAAGAGCACUGGUCUGAGGCCACGCACGAGGACCGCCGCGAGAUGGCCCCACUGGCGGCCGCCGCCGCAUGGUCCUUGACGGAUUGGGACGCUAUGGAUGAUUACAUCGCGACUAUGAAGCCUGACUCUGCCGACAGACCCUUCUACCGCGCCAUCCUGGCGGUGCAUCAGAAUCAAUUUGCGAAGGCUAUGGCGCAGAUUGCUAAGGCUCGCGAUAUGCUCGACCCAGAGCUGUCGUCACUAGCGGGCGAAAGCUAUGGCAGAGCUUACAACACAAUGGUUCGUGCCCAGAUGCUCUCCGAGCUCGAAGAGAUUAUUCUUUACAAGCAAAAUGCGGAUCAACCAGACCGCCAGCAGUCGAUACGUCGUACAUGGAUGAAACGACUCCAAGGAUGUCAACCGGAUGUCGAGGUUUGGCAGCGUGUCCUCCAAGUUCGCUCCUUAGUCCUUAACCCCAACGAUGACUCUGUCACCUGGAUCAGAUUUGCUAACCUCUGCAGAAAGAACGACCGUAUGUUCUUGGCGGAGAAGGCACUGGACUCAUUGAUGUCCCCUGAACGGCUGCAGGCCCAAUAUCGCAACGAUCCUCAAGGAGUGCGCGUACCACCGCAUGUAGUAUAUGCGCACUUGAAGUUCUUGUGGGCGAAUGGCCAGCAUGAAGAGAGCUUGAGAUACCUCUUCAAAUUCACUACAAGUUUGGCGAGAGAUCUUGUACCGGAGACCGAGCGCCCUUCAAGCUCCGUUCAGAAGAGUAAGCUUGAAGACCUCUCGCGUCUUCUCGCGCGAUGCUACUUCAAGCAGGGUCAAUGGCAAGUUGCCCUCCAUCGAGACUGGGACGAGCGGCCCAUCAAGGAAGUCUUGCACUCUUACUGGCUGGCCACUCACUACGAUUCGAAAUGGUAUAAAGCAUGGCAUACAUGGGCGUUGGCCAACUUCGAAGUCGUCGGAUACUUGGAAUCUCUCACAGAGGACAGGGCGGAUAUACCAGGCGACGAUCUCGCUGUACACAUAGUGCAAGCUGUGGAAGGAUUCUUCCGAUCAAUCGCUCUGCAGCGGACGAACGCUCUGCAAGAUACCCUGAGACUGCUGACCAUGUGGUUCAAGUACGGCGCUCAUGACGACGUCAGCCAUGCUAUGGCAAGCGGGUUCACAGAUGUCGAGAUUGAUACCUGGCUCGAAGUCAUUCCUCAGAUUAUCGCUCGUAUCCAGAUGCCUAAUGCGAACAUCCGUCGCAAUAUCAACAACCUAUUAUCGGAUGUCGGCCGGCAUCACCCUCAGGCUCUCAUAUAUCCUCUGACUGUCGCAUCGAAGUCCAACAGUGCUCUUCGCCAUACAGCUGCCUUGAAUAUCAUGGACCGCAUGCGUGAACACAGUCCCACCAUCGUUGAGCAGGCACUCAUUGUCAGCCGAGAGCUAAUUCGAGUCGCGAUACUGUGGCAUGAACAAUGGUUUGAAGGCCUCGAGGAAGCGUCUCGCUACUACUUCAACGAUCACAACCCUGACGGUAUGAUUGCGCAUCUCGAGCCCCUGCACAUUAUGGUGGAGGCUGGACCAAAAACUGCUCGCGAGACGUCCUUUGCCCAGGUCUUCGGCAGAGAUCUCCACGAGGCCCGCGAAGCCUGUAGGCGUUACCGUAUCUAUGGAGAAGUGCGCGAUUUGGAGAAGGCGUGGGAGAUCUACUAUGGUGUCUUCACUAGGAUCAAGAAGCAGCUUGAGACUCUCACGACGCUCGACUUGCAGUUCGUUUCGCCCGAGCUUCUGAAGGCGCGGAACCUUCAAUUAGCGGUGCCAGGAACCUAUCAGGCUGGCAAGCCUAUUGUCACGAUCGCGAGCUUCGUCCCUAAGCUGACAGUCAUUCCGUCGAAACAACGGCCCCGAAGGCUGGCAAUCAAGGGUAGUGAUUGUAAGGACUACCACUUCGUUCUGAAGGGACAUGAGGAUCUCCGACAGGAUGAGCGUGUCAUGCAAUUGUUCAGUCUCGUCAACAACCUUUUGUAUGAGGACGUUGACUGCUUCAAGAGGCGAUUGCACAUUCAAAGUUUCUCAGUCAUUCCGCUUGCUCCACAAGCUGGUUUGUUGGGAUGGGUCAACGACAGCGACACGCUACACAUCCUCGUCAAAGAGUACCGUGAUUCUCGCAAGGUCCUUAUCGAUAUCGAGCGUCGUCUGAUGCUCCAGAUGGCACCCAACUACGAAGAUCUAAUCCUCCUGCAGAAAGUCGAGGUAUUCGAGUACGCUUUGGAAAACACGACCGGUCAGGAUCUUUACCGGGUCCUCUGGCUCAAGAGCGCAAACUCUGAGCACUGGCUCGAACGUCGGGCGACAUACACGCGCUCGCUUGCGGUCAACAGUAUGGUCGGACACAUCUUGGGUCUGGGUGACCGUCAUCCGUCGAACUUUUUGUUCCAGCGGAGUACAGGCAAGGUCGUCCAUAUCGACUUCGGCGACUGUUUCGAGGUAGCGAUGCACCGCGAGAAGUAUCCCGAGAAGAUUCCCUUCCGGUUGACGAGGAUGCUCACGCACGCAAUGGAGGUCAGCGGUAUUGAAGGAAGCUUCCGGAUAACCUGCGAGAUCAGCAUGAAGGUCCUGCGCGAUAACAAAGAGUCCUUGAUGGCUGUGCUGGAAGCUUUCGUGUAUGAUCCGUUGAUCACAUGGAGGCUUAUCCAACAUGAUGGUGACGGCCGUCGCGCUGAACUCAUGAAUCCAGACCGUAACGUAGAUCUGGUAGGCUCGGCCGCAGAAGGUGGUGGAGGCGCUCACCGCCGCAUGCGGCCAGACGAGAAUGACAUUUUCAACGAGGCGCAGGAGAUCCGAAAUGAGCGUGCACUCGCGGUGUACAACCGUGUGCAGCACAAGCUCACUGGUCGCGACUUCAACCCGGACGAGGUGCUCUCGGUACAAGCACAAGUCGACAAACUCAUCAUACAGGCGACCUCAUUAGAAAACCUCUGUCAAUGCUUCUCCGGCUGGUGUGCAUUCUGGUGAUCAACGUGAUAUUCUCUCCAUUCUCAUCUGUAAUUUGCUUCAAUUAUCUCGUCUUCAAGUACUUCUGUACAGUAGAACUAGGCACUUCCUUUCAUCACAUAUACAAUGUUGUUCUCGAUUGUAGGAUAGACUUCCU